CAGCUUCAUCAUACAUUACAAGUAAACAACUGCACAGUACUGACUCAACCAAUGCAGGAAAAUGAGACUGUUCUCAGGUUUUGUUCUUUUUUCCCUGUUCUUAUUCUAUGUCAUGGCCGCAAACUCUGAACCAGGAAUGGAGCCAAUCUGUAAAAUAACGGGACACAUCGCUGGAGUGUGUCCCCGAACCUACGAUCCAGUCUGUGGAACUAAUGGGAUUACAUACAGCAACGAAUGUAUUCUCUGUGAUGCAAGACGGAAAACUGGGAGUAACAUCCGGAUCCAAUGGUAUGGAAUUUGUGGAACUAAUAAUGAGGAUAAUUGAAGGCUUCCAGCAAACCAGGAUUUCUGUGACUAAAUUUGACUUUGUUAAAGAAUAAUCAUUCAGCCUUGAUGUACAAUUAAUUAAUCAAUUUUAAUGUAGACACUGUUGGUGUUAAAAUUGAUAAACCACAAAUCACAUACACAACAUCAUUAAAGCAUUUUGGUUUGUAACCAAUAAGUCAGUUUUUGUUGCUAUUAUGUUGACAAUAUUGGUAAUAAGCAAUUUGUUAAACACAAACCCACUGAAUGGACACUUUGUGAACUUUAUUGACUGAACAUACUGUUAACGUUUCAUGAGAUUCUCAGAAAUAAUUGGUCGGGAAGGUCAUUCUUCUCUCCUUCUGCAUGUCCCUCCCAUAUCCCAUUUCGACACUGAAUUGUUCCUUAAACUAAUCUAUUCAGAAAUACAUUGUACAAGGUUUUCACUCUUUGUAUGAACUUUGGGUGGUCAUUAAAUUUUCAUUUUGCUAUCAA